CCGCGGUCCCACCUCUGGCGCAUCUGGAUUCGUCUGGUGCGUCGCGCCGGCCCGGGCUCCGCGCUCUUCCCCUUUCCUCCUCCUGCUGCCUCCCGAGCGUCUCCCGCGCCUCGAUGAUGGAGCCGCCGCCGGCCCCCUGGGACACCCCCUCCGAGGCGGACCGCAGCCCCGGGCGCCGGGAGCGGCUCGGAGCCCCGCGGCCAAGCCGGCUGGCCGCCGCCGGGCUGCUGCAGCCCACGGCCCGGGGGCUCUUCUGCUCCCCGGACCCCGUGGCCGCCUCCUCCCCGGUCACCACCCUGGCGCGAACGAUGAGCGACCUCGCCGGCUUGGGGAGCGAGACCCCCAAGAGAAAAAAGCCAAGCUUGGUCUUCCGGAGCAGAAUUGUUUCACUGUCCCGGGAAUCCUUAUCUUCCGAGAACUCGGAUUCGUCGGAAUUCUCAGAUGCGGGUCUCUCCAUGGAUUCCCCGAGCCCCGUGGACCCCCAGGCAAUGGACCAUGUGUUUCAGGAGGCGAUCCGGGAGGCCGGCCAGGUCCGAGAAGAGAGACUCCCCAUCAGACGCUUCCAGUCCUUGCCUUCAAAACUCCUGGGAUCCAGCCCUGCCCUGAGGAAUAUCACCAACUCCAGAGACCUGGAUGCGCCCCGGAAGGGCAAGGGGGAUGUGCAGCUGGACACAAGCAGUGGGGAAGACAAGGAGAAUGUAAGCUGGGGCCCGCGUAGUCCACGGUCGGGGGGAUCGUGGCACGGCGCCGUCCCAUGGAGGUUUGACGUGGUCCUGCUUCUUCUGCAGGAAACGUUUGUCUUCAAGAUGCCCUCCCGGCCAGCGGGCCACAGCCGGUCGGCCGCCGCCGAGUGGGCCAGCCGGAGGGAGGCCUUUGCCCAGAGGCCAAACUCGGCCCCUGAUUUGAUGUGUUUCUCUCCGGGAGAGAGGGAAGAGAACUUAGGUCCCCUGCCCUUGCGCCGCUUUUCCAUGAACCAGAGCUCUGCCAGUGGAGAUGACGCCAGUGAUGAUGGAGAUGACGGGUUUAUGGACAUCCUGGAAGAUGACCUAAAGAACGAGGAAGAAGUUCCCCCAGGGAUGGAAAGCCUCAUAAGCGCGCCCUUGGUCAGGAAGGAAGAGGAAAGUGAACAGUCCUUAGUCAUGCACAGCAAGUGCCGCCGGCUGUUCCGUUCCCCCUCCAUGCCCAAUACCUCCAUCCGGCCGGUGCUCAAGCGGCUGGAGCGGCCCCGGGACAAGGACACGCCAGUCAAGAACAAGCGCCGGAAGAGCGUGACGAUCCCCACUGCCGCCCUGGAGGAAAACGAAGAGGAGCCGAAACCGCGACUGCUCCGCUCCAGGUCGUUAUGUCAUGACGAAAUUGAGACCAUCUUGGACAACGAUCCCAGAGAGCUGAUUGGGGAUUACUCUAAGGCCUUUCUCCUGCAGACCAUUGACGGACGCCACCAGGACCUUAAGUACAUCUCCCCAGAGACGAUGGUGGCCGUCCUAACGGGCAAGUUUAGCAAUAUUGUCGAGAAGUGUGUCAUCCUGGAUUGCAGAUAUCCCUAUGAAUUUGAGGGAGGUCACAUCAAGGGUGCGGUGAACCUUCCAUUGGAACAAGAUGCCGAGAAUUUCCUGCUGGUGAACCCCAUCCUCCCCAGUGAAGACAAGAGAAUUAUUCUUAUUUUCCACUGUGAAUUCUCCUCUGAGCGAGGACCUCGGAUGUGCCGCUUUAUCAGGGAGCGAGACCGAGCCUCCAACGACUAUCCAAACCUGUACUACCCCGAGAUGUACAUCCUCAAAGGGGGCUACAAGGAUUUCUUCCCCCAGUUCACGACGUUCUGCGAGCCCCAGGAUUACCGGCCCAUGAACCACGAGGACUUCAAGGAGGACUUUAAGAGGUUUCGCCUGAAGAGCAGGACCUGGUCGGGGGAGCGGAGCAAGCGGGAGAUGUACAGCCGCCUGAAGGACUUCUGAGGGCCCGGGGAGCAGACUCGACCACUUCCCCACCCGUUUCCCUCGUGUCUCCUUGCCCCUUCCUCCUUCCCGGGCUGGAAGACCAGCGACACUUGACUGUCUCCCCGCUCUCCGCGUGGGCGGCCUGGUUCCUGGACGCGGCCUUUUCCUCUUAACCAGUUCCAGCAUUUCCUGGGGAAAAGCCCCCACCUCUCCCUUCUUACCCGUUUAUUUAAUUAUUUGCUGGACUUGAACCGAGGGCUCCAACCAAGGCUGCGUCCCCUCGGUGGGAGGGGAGCAGCUGCCCACCGUGCCAGUCCCAGGGGUUCCGGUGCCCGCUGGACUCUGCGUCUGGACCGUGGGCCAGUCCCAGAUCUUAGAAGGUGCUCAGCUGGCUCCCUCCCGGGCAGAGGCUCUCUGACAUGCGGCCCCUCAGGGUUCCCUCCCCUCCGGCCGGCCCCCUGCUCCUCCUGGAGCUCUGUGUGUUGUCUGGUUUUUGUGUUUUCCCUUCCGGCCUUGGCCUGCUUUUUGUUAUUUGGGGUUGGGAGCCCAAAGGAAGCUGGUUUUUAAUCGGCUUAGGCCCAGGGUGGGGGGCAGGGAGAGAGAAAAAGGGAUCCAGCUCCAAGGACAUUGAGGGCUGAAGCUUCUCCCUCCCCUUCCCCCAAUAAGUUUAUUUUCUUGGAUUCAGAGUUUGUGCUGUCCUGAAUCCAAAAAACAUGUUGGUUCUGCACGUUUGGUGGGUGGGGACCACCCAGGCCUGGGAAGCGGGAUCCCCAGCCUUCCUGGCCCUGGAGGAAGGCCUCCAUGUGAAGAGAACGCGGGAGUUCUCCCCCCCACGGCCUUUGCGGCUAUUUCAUUUAUUUUCUGAAAACGUUCUCCGAGGGCCAUUGGCUGCCCUGGACCCCCCUUCCCGCCCCAGCCACCCGUGAGCCAUUGCUGCUGUUUGAAGUUUUCCAUCCCAGGGAGGGCCAAAUGGACACGGGUUCGGGGUACCUUCCCCCACUGUGCCCAGAAGGGGCACCCUGUACACUCCUGGCUUUAAAAAAUAAUUUUUAAAGGUAUAAAAGGGGUGGGAAAUGUCUUUUUUUUGUUUGUUUAAAAAGCACUUCAUAAACUUGCACAG